AGAAACUGCAAUUGCCGAUCUAACUGGUCACGACGCCAGAGUUUCGCGGGUUGCUUUUCAUCCAUCUGGUCGAUUUUUAGGAACUUGCUGCUUUGAUCAUUCUUGGCGAUUGUGGGAUCUUGAAUCAACGCAAGAAGUUCUUCAUCAAGAAGGUCACUGCCAACCAGUCUACAGUAUUGCCUUUCAAAAUGAUGGUUCUGUUGCUGCCACAGGAGGUAUGGACGCCUUUGGUCGCGUGUGGGAUCUUAGAACAGGAAGAUGUAUCAUGUUCAUGGAAGGCCAUCUGAAAUCAAUUUAUGGGGUUGACUUUUCACCCAACGGGUACAUAAUGGCAACUGGCAGUGAGGAUAACAGCUGUCGAAUAUGGGAUCUUCGCAAAGUAGCAUGUGUUUACACGAUACCAGCGCAUAUGAAUCUAGUGUCUCAUGUUAAAUUCCAAGAAGAUGAAGGCCAUUUUCUUGUCACUGCCUCUUAUGACAACACCGCAAAGAUUUGGUCCAACAAAACAUGGCAACCAAUGAAGACUCUCUCUGGGCACUAUGGUAAAGUUAUGGGCAUGGAUGUUUCCCCAGAUUCAAAGUUUAUCGCAACAUGUUCCUACGAUAGAACGUACAAACUGUGGGCUCCCGAGUAGUUCUCAUUACCUGUGCUUACGUUUUCUAGCUUGAAUCUAAUUUGAUGACUGUGAUGUUACUAGUAGUGUCUCGAAUGUAUUUUAUUAAUGUUUGUAAGUUCCACCACAAACGUAUCCUAAGGCCCUGUCUCCACAGGACGUUUUCAUGGGAUUUGUCCCAAGUUCGAAUCGCAGGAAUGAAACUUCUGGGAUUUUUCCCAGUUACCGUCUCCACGGGACGGGGCUCAUACAGUCCUGUGACUAGUU